CGAUACUCUUACCAACACAAUCUAUCAUUGAAAUCUUAUUGAGCUUGAAGUUUCUUGUACACUACGAGCAUACCGCGUCGCGAUUCCUAAAUCCUUCAGUUUAGAGGUUCUCCAGAGCUGCCAAGAGCUUAUAUGGCUUGUCGGCUACAGGUCGCUAGGAUACCGUAACACCAGUUAAUGACCGUUUCCGUACCAUAACUUGGCAUUCCGUUUCACUACGAAUGUGGCACGGUCAUUUGAGACUGUCUCUUUGAUGCAGGGCAACUAAAUCGCACUGUAGAAGAAUAGUCUGUCGCGAAUGCUUAGCUACCUAUAUGACACACAAUGACGCCUGACUCAGAGGGCUCUCAUGAUCAAGCUGCGCGAAAACCUCCAGAACAGCAGCUAAAUCGAGCAUGUGAAGCCUGUAGAUUGUCUAAAGUCCGCUGUCUCCCAAAUCGAGUCCCAGGAAACCAAACCUGCCAAAGAUGCGCCAAAGCCGGGAAAACAUGUAUUUUUGCUCCUCCAGUCAAGAGGCGGCAACGAAAGCGAACCGACGUGAGAGUUGCAGAGCUUGAAAGAGAAAUCAAAGCAAUGCGCUCAUUGCUCAAACCAAAUCAAACUUCCCCUGCCGAAGCUUCUGAACCGGAAUCCAUGGACGAAGAUCAGGAUGAGCCAGAGCAACCCCCACCAAAUUAUGAUUCUCUUGGCCUUGCUAAGAAAACCGAAGCACCGCCAGAGCAUUCAUCUCGCAGUCGUGCAUAUGACUGGCCUCCCGAUCGCUCACGAGAGGAAUAUGGCCCGGUGGACCCUCUCGGGCCAGCGGACGACAUUAUUGAUCGUGGUAUCAUAUCCCAGGCAUUGGCUGAUGAGCUCUUGAACAUCUAUCGAAAUGACUUGACCCAGCAGUGCCCGGGCGUACUGAUAUCUCGGGAUUGGACCGCCCUCCAGCUCCGAGAGAAAAAACCAGCACUAUUUCAUGCGGUGAUGGCAGCGGCAUCACAUUCCAAAGGGGCUGAACUUUCGAACAAACUACACGAUGAAGUCAUCCUCCUAUUUGCUAGAUCACUGUUCAUCAGAGGUGAAAAGUCUGUGCAGCAUAUACAGGCUCUUCUAGUUACUGUGACAUUCUUCACUCCUCCGAGCACGCCAGCCAAACUGCAGAUCUAUCAGUACAGCAGCAUGGCUGCUUGUAUGGCUUUGGAGCUAGGGCUGGCAUCCAAGCCCCGAACUCACGAACAACUACCUAAGCGAGCAAUCAAGGCCUUACAAAGGAUAUCAUCGGCAGAAGAGCUUCUAGAAAAUUGCAGAACCAUAUUGUUUCUUUACGUUAUGACAGCUGGAUUCGCUAUGCGCCUACGAAGACCGAAUACUCUACUAUUUAACAGCUGGAUGGAGGAAUGCUUGGGCUUAUUACAAAAGUCCACACUCCUUGAGGAUAAACGCGUCGUCGCCUGGUUAAAGCUGCAGAGGAUUGCAGAUGAGGCCUACACCGCUUUUGGCUUCGAUGAUGCGAGCACGAGCUUUAGCCUUUCAGAGCUUCGACUACAGGUAAUAUUACGAAUAUUCGAGAGGCGCAUGCAAGAGUGGAAGAAGUCGAUACCGCCAGAAGUUAUGACCUUAUCAUUAAUGAUUGAGCAUUAUGGGAACAUGAUCUCAAUGUACGAAUUCGCCAUGGAUGGAGGGCAAUACGACGCUCCUGACUUCCGGAAUCGACACUUGACUUUGCCAGCUCUCGAUGACGAUUGCGUACAGCCGGAAACAUUACUCUCGCGGUCCGCUCUCCAAGUAAAUGCCACCGUUAAAUGCAUCAGUGUUGCACACUCACUUCUGGAUUGUUUCGCUGAGUAUUCAUUGGAGAGAAUGCGUAAGUCGCCAAACGUUCUGUUCGUACGAGCAAUAUACGCACUGUUGGCUCUCUUGAAAGCCGACUACGCUGUCACCACUGAUGCGGAUGGUAUGGGAGAAGUACUUGAUAGCGAAAGCCUUAAGGUUGAUUUCUACAUGUCCAUGGUCCUCCAACGGACAGCCGAUGCGAUAGGUCCACAGAGAUGCCGUGUGCCAUCACAUUGGCUGUUUAUCUUAAACCACAAGCUUGUCACGUGGUACGAAGAGUAUCAGCAAUGGCGAAAAGACGGCAAGCAUUUGAAACGGAAUUCCGACAAGGGUCAAAAAGACGAAAUCGCCCAGAGAGAGCCAGUACUCCACCCGACUUCUACCACAUACUCGGUGCCUGCACAGCCAUCAUCAACAGAGCCCUCUACAUCAUCCACUCAAACGCCCAGUUCGCUCCCAAAUUUCAGCAUGACGGACUCAUAUGCAUCCUGGCCAACUCCAGCAAUGGAUCUGCCUGAGGCGGACGCUGUCUCGGGCAUACCUGGACAACCCUCAUUUGCCACGGAUAUAGGGGAUUUUACUUCUGCCUUCCAGAAUGGGGAUCUUUAUCUCUGGAACGACGUCAAUGAAACGUUUGGAGGAUGGAUACCCCAAGCGAAUGAAAAUUACAGCAUGCAGUUCGGUGCUAUGGGCGGGCAAGGAUUCUAAUUAUCUCUGUGUAUAUAAUAUUAUAUUGUUCAUAAUCCCAGAUCUCCACCAUGUUUUAACGUAUUUUUGUAGACCAAACUAUUAAAAUGUGAGCCCGCUGGCCAUGAGAAGCAGUC